UCCUCCACACCUCUCCUUCAUUUACAAGCAGACAGGAAGAUGGCGGAGCGGAGCUGUGGAGGCUGUAUUGGCUGAGCUGCUGUAGGUUUAAAUGCAACAGAAGGGCACGUAGUCACCGUGGAAGCGGCCGACGUGAAGGGACAUCUUUCCUUUGUAGGAGCAGGGCGAGGUUAGCCUUUUACUGGAUUUUCUGUUCGUGUUUUUCUCUAAUCGAGAGGAGAGUGCCGAGCGAGGAGCAACGAAAACAAGUCGGACAUGAACGGGGACACUGUAUGCAACAGCCAUUCAUUCGCCCUCUUAAGCUGCACCAACUCCAUAUCAUCAGUUCAAGAUGAAAAGCCUACCAUCAGGUUGACACAGGAAGGAAAGUGCUCUCCAGUUUUGUCCUUGCAGAAUGAUGUCCAGAAGCCAGGAGAAGGAAAGACAAUGAAUACCAUCAGCACUCCAACGAAAGACCCAAAGGCAGAUUUCACAGAGAUGGAGAACAGCUACAGCCAGUGUUCACCCUGCUGGUCUGAUGAACAGCCAUCACCUCUGCAGCUCCACUGCACCGAAGCCUACCUUUGUUCUCAUCCUGAACUCUCCCUUCCCCUCAGCAAUGGCUUAACUCAUACUCCCCUACAUGCCAAUAAUGGCGGCGCUCUCCAUGGCCUCCAGAGGAGGGGAGCCCGGGUCAAGGUCAUAGGAAAGAAAUCCACUCGAAGAAUGGCAGGAGGGGGAAAUUCCCAAAACCGGAAAGUUACUGACUUCUAUCCAGUAAGACGAAGUUCAAGAAAAAGUAAAACGGAGCUCAAGUGCGAAGAAAAGAAGCUCAUAGACGAUCUCAUUACAAGUGGAAUAGAGGAAGGAAUGGAGGUGCAAUACAUAGAAGGAAAAGGGAGAGCGGUGUUUGCCACUCGGUGUUUCCAGAAAGGCGAUUAUGUGGUGGAAUACCACGGAGACCUGCUACAGAUCACCGAUGCUAAAAAGAGAGAAGCCGAAUAUGCUCAAAAUCCAGCAACCGGCUGCUACAUGUACUACUUCCAGUACCUCUGCAAAACAUACUGUGUGGAUGCUACAAAAGAGACUGGUCGAAUGGGUAGGUUGAUAAAUCACAGUAAAAAUGGGAACUGCCAAACCAAACUGCACGACAUCAACGGUGUCCCUCACCUCAUUCUCAUCGCCUCUCGAAAUAUUGACGAAGGCGAGGAGCUGCUUUAUGACUAUGGAGACCGCAGCAAAGCUUCCAUCGCUGCUCACCCCUGGCUUAAAUAUUGAUUAAGAGGUCCAGAGAAAAAGUAAAGGGAAACGUACAGUAAGACUUGUUUUUUCAUUAGCUAGUGUACAAAAGGCCUUAGAAACAGAAUGUGUACUAUUUUUUUGUUUGUUUCAAUAAUGAGGAAGCUGGGGUGUGUGAGGGUUUAGUAGACAUUUAUGGGUCCAGGUCAUGGGGGCUGAUUGGGUUCAUAUCACAUUUCAACUAAGGUCCAUCUGCCUUGUCAGAUGUUAUCUGUACUUUUUAUUUAUGCGUGUUUCAGAAACAUUCUUUUGUUUUGCAGCACAUUUGUUUUGUACAUUUUGUAUUACCUAUAGAGUAGUGCUUCUACAGCAUGCAGGUAGUAGUUGAUGCUCUGCAUUUUUAUACAGCUUUUUUAAUUAGUACGUAGAUACUUGGCAAUACUUGUAUUUGCUCCCCUUUUUGAAUCAGCAGAAACUAUGAGAUGCAAAUUACAAACUCUUUUUAGAUAUGUAUUCUAUUCAAGGGGCAUCUAUUUUCAGCAAUCGGACCUCACACUCAUUGUUCAGUGGGGUAGAAUAGUUUAUCACGUUCACGGUUUAUUUGGCGUUUCAGGGUUUUGGUUACCAAAAAAGAUCACAUGUUUUGACACUGGAUGAAAUACUUUGUGUUGAUCAUGGAAAAGAUUACAUUAGAAUAUGGAAAUUACUGUUAUGAAUGUUUAUUUUUUAGCAUAGAUUGUAUUUUAUAAUAUUAAACAUGCCAUAUACAAAGAGUUAGUAUGUGGUAAAUUUUAAAAAUUAAAACGAAAAGUAUCUGGGAAAACCUACAGAAUAUUCUGUGUGACUCGAAGAGAUGAUUCGCUCAUGCAAGUAAUAGUUUCGGUGUCUCUCUCUAACCUCAAUUGGCACACACGAUUAUCUCAUCUGUUUAGUUUCACUUAAUUAUAACUUCUCCCACUGAUGACGACACUGUCUGUGGUGCUGCACUUUGUAAAUAUAUUUAUUUGCUUGCUGUUACAAAUCCAAAUAUUGUUUCAAAAGAAAUACUGUGACAUUUUGGGAAUUAUGUUGUAUUUUUUUUUAGUUUUUGCUGAGACUUAAUGGGAAGAUUGAUCAAACUCUCCUGUCUAUGCAAAAUGUCAAUCUGAUCACCUUUUUUGAGAGCGGACACCUGAGCUUAAAUCCAAUGCAUUAUACUUGCAGUUGCAUUAAUUUAAGAGGGGAGAGAAAAUGUUGAUGGUUAGGCUAAAAUGCAAAUUCUCAGUUUUAUUCAUAAAGGUUUUAUCAGACAAAUUACACCCGUUGCCUUAAAAUUAAACUCCUAGCUGAAAUAUCAUUUUGAAUUUUUGGACUAUCAAAUCUGUCAUUACUGUCAAUUAUAGAGAAGUUGUGCCAUGGUUUGAAGAGCCCAGGGGCCCGGGGAGGUCAAAUCUGCUUAUUACUGUAAUAUUACACCACUGUUAGCAUUAUUAGAGUAUUUGCUUCUGAAUGAUCGCUUAAACACACAUCUGGAUGGAGAAUAGUUUAAAUUUGCUUUACUGGUGAAACUAAAGUUGAAAACCAGCCAGAAGGGUGUGUGCUCUUGUAAUGAACAGGGUGCAGUACAGGUACCAAUGAAAGAGUUUGUUUAUGUGCCAAAUCUUCACGAUUUUUGGUAAAUAUAAACUGUGAUUCAGUUCCAGUAUCAGUAGAUUCCUGUUUCAACAUACAGACAUCAUAGUCUUAUUGAACCCACAGUAAAAUGGGAAAAUGAAUGUAUUUUAAAAAAUACACACAAGCAGUUUUUGACUGUGAACUCCAUUAGUUUCUAUUUACGUACACAUAUAAAACAGUCUCACAACAACUGCAUGGCUUUUCUUCUUAGAUGUUCCAAAUUUAUUAGCUCAAUUGCCAACAGAUUUGCUGUUGUUGCAUAUAUAUCCAUAAUGAACAGUGCUUAUGCAAAUCAGUGGACAACAAAAAGCCAACUCGAUAACAGCUGACCCCUUCCUAACAGUGUAGUGUGUUAUAAAUGGGUAAAGCUCAACAAGUUAAACAA